AUGUUGCCUCUAGUUAAUCGGCUUCCACUCAGGCGACGACCAAACCGGCUCCCCCCGAACAACAAUAACGACGAUUCAAACACCCCGCCAGCCGAGGAUACCCAAGAUUCCUCCCCGGAAGAUGACACUUUCUAUCCCAGUUGUUUCGAUGUUUUGAAGGUUCGGUAUCUGCUGCAGCAUAUUUGGCAAUGGACGAGGGGCUCGCAGGAGUUGCUACCAGUUGAAAUUGUAGACAUGAUUGUGGAUGCCGCCGAGUAUUGGGCUUCUUCCGAGUCCGUCCUAAAAGGAGAGACUGUUAUCCGGAAAGAUCAGGAUCAAAUUAUCUUAACGACGGUACCUCUGUGCUAUGAUGUGCAGGCCUUGAAUACCCCAUCUCCAAAGCCGCUGCCCCAUCGGACCACUCAUCCAUGCCGCCAAAUCAUCUUUACCAUAGCAUCCCAUGAUCAAGGCUGGGGUGGCGGUCCAGGGUCUCGCGGCCAAUACGGGGGCUCUUAUUCGUGGUUUGACACCGAAGUCAUUCACUCAGCACAUCAGAACAGAGCUGCAAACAAUCAGCCUCCGCCACAGGGUCCCUUCCAUUUUGGACCCGACCAUCCUAACUUGCUGCCAACGGCCCGCAAGCUCCAGUCGAAUAAGACGGCCGUGCCAGGUUCGCAAAAGCAUACUAUUGUUUGGCACUACCAGGAUGACAUCGCUCCGGACUCGAAUGAAGCGGAGGAAAUCGAACGUACUCAGGGGAGAGGACGAGCCACACUGGAUGGAAGCCAAGUCCGUACUCUAGAGAUUGGAGAUGCGAUUGCUGUCUGGGGUCGAGCACGGUUUGGCGGGUGGUCGAACCAUGUGCAGCGAGUGUCAGUGCGGGUGUUUUGGGCGGUCUAA